CUCUUUUAUUCAUGUUUAUUAGCUUUGUUUUCAUAUCUAUAAAUAAUAAUUAUGUGGCUGAGGUUAAUGAUUUUGUUUAUUGGAAUUGGAGCCUUAAUAUCCAAUAAGCCUUUAUUUCCAAAGCAAAACAGAAAAGCUAAGGAGUCUGGAUAUUACUACACAACACACUGGUUUCCUCAGACACUUGAUCACUUUUCAUUUCGGUCAGAAGACUAUCAGUUUGCUCAAAGAUAUUUGAUAAAUGAUGAUUACUUUAAACCAGGUGCCCCUGUAUUUUUUUACACUGGCAAUGAGGGAGAUAUAACUUGGUUUUGUAAUAACACGGGUUUCAUGUGGGAUAUAGCAGAGGAAUUUAGCGCAAUGCUUGUUUUUGCUGAGCAUAGGUAUUAUGGAGAAUCAAUGCCAUUUGGAUCAGACUCUUAUAAGGAUGCAUCUCAUCUUGGAUAUUUGACUUCAGAGCAGGCUCUUGCAGACUUUGCUGUUUUGAUUGAUUACAUAAAGGUAUCUGUACCUGCUACUUCUGAAAGUCCUUUUAUUGCAUUUGGCGGAUCUUAUGGGGGAAUGUUGGCUGCUUGGUUCAGAAUGAAGUAUCCUGCUUCAGUAGUUGGCGCUAUAUCUUCUUCAGCACCUAUUCUUGCUUUUGUGGAUAUGAAUGAUUGUGAAUUAUUUUAUCAAAUUUCUACUAAUGAUUUCAAGCUAGCUGGUGGCAAUGCUUGCGCAACUUCUAUAAGAAACUCAUGGCAAACUGUUUUAAAUGUUGGAGAAUCAGAUACUGGUCGUUUAAAAAUAUCAGAGCUAUUUAAACUUUGCAAGCCAUUAAAAACAUUUGAUGAUGUUUACAAUCUGAACAAUUGGUUUUCUGAAGUUUGGGUAAAUUUAGCUAUGGUUAACUAUCCUUACCCUGCAAAUUUUCUUGAGGAUUUACCUGCAUGGCCAAUAAAUGAAGUAUGCAAGCAUCUCCAAAAUAGUAAUGCCACAGGAGAUGAACUAAUUCGAAAUCUUGUCAACGCUGUAAAUGUUUAUUUUAAUUUUACUGGUCAAUCUUCUUGUUUAAACAUUGAACAACAAGCUUCUGGAAGUUUAGGAGAUCAAGGAUGGGAUUUUCAAGCGUGUACAGAAAUGGCUAUGCCUUUAUGUCAAGAUGGUAUUCGAGAUAUGUGGCUACCAUAUAAGUAUGAUUUCGAUGAUUUUGCAACUUCUUGUAAACAGAAAUGGGGCGUAACAACGCGCAAGUACUGGUCUCAAUCGCAAUACGGGGGUUUUAAUCUUAACGGUGCAAGUAAUAUAGUCUUUAGUAAUGGCAAGUUAGAUCCUUGGUCUGGUUAUGGAGUACUAAAGUCUCAGUCCCCAACUAUUAAAGUUGUUAUGAUUGAUGAUGGUGCACACCAUCUUGACCUAAGAAAAUCAAACUCGCUUGACCCACAGUCAGUAAUUGAUGCAAGGAACAUACACAAAAGUAAUAUUCAUAGUUGGAUAAACGAGUAUCACAUGCAAAAGAAAAACACAAUUUAGAACUCGCUAAAAGAUUUUUAUGUAAUUGAUUUUUUUUUAUAAAAAUGUGCACAUAUGUAAUAUAAACAAAGUAAUUUUUCAA